AUGUCCGCCAGUUUGGGAUUCUCCACGAGCGUGCGCGCGGCGCCCGUGCGGGCGACGCGCGACGCGGUGAAGCCGCGCGCGACGCGCGCGCGCGUCGUGACGACGGCGAAAAGAGACGGUCCGGUUAUCAUCGGUCUCGCCGCUGAUUCUGGAUGCGGGAAGUCGACGUUCAUGCGUCGCAUGACGUCCCUCUUCGGGGGGAAGGCGACGCCCCCCGAGGGCGGGAACCCGGACUCGAACACGUUGAUUUCGGAGACGACGACGGUGCUGUGCCUGGACGAUUAUCACCUGAACGAUCGUGCGGGGCGAAAGACGAGCGGCUUGACGGCGCUGAACCUCAAGGAGCAAAACUUUGACCUCAUGUACGAUCAAGUCAAGGCGCUUAAGGAGGGUAAGUCGGUCGAUAAGCCGAUUUACAACCACGUCACCGGUGUGUUCGACCCGGCGGAGAAGAUUGAAUCCCCGGAGGUGCUCAUCCUCGAAGGUCUUCACCCGUUCGCUGACACGCGCGUGCGCGACAUGUUCGACUUCAAGAUUUACUUGGACAUUUCCGACGACGUGAAGUUCGCUUGGAAGAUCCAACGUGAUAUGGCUGAGCGUGGUCACUCCUUGGAGUCGAUCAAGGCGUCCAUCGAAGCCCGUAAGCCGGACUUCGACGCGUUCGUCGACCCGCAAAAGGAACACGCCGACGUCGUCAUCGAAGUGCUCCCGACUCAGCUCAUCCCGGAUGACAACGAGGGUAAGAUCUUGCGCGUGCGCAUGAUCAUGAAGGAGAACGUGGAGAACUUCGACGCCCCGUACCUCUUCGACGAAGGUUCCACCAUCUCCUGGAUCCCGUGCGGCCGCAAGUUGACGUGCUCUUACCCGGGCAUCAAGUUCUUCUACGGCCCGGACACCUACUACGGUAAGGAAGUCACUGUGCUCGAGAUGGAUGGUCAAUUCGACAAGCUCGAAGAGCUCAUCUACGUUGAGUCUCACUUGUCCAACACGUCCUCCAAGUUCUACGGCGAAAUCACCCAGCAAAUGCUCAAGUACCAAAACGGUCCGGGCUCCAACAACGGUACGGGUUUCUUCCAGACCAUUGUGGGUCUCAAGGUUCGUGAGGUGUACGAGAGAAUUUCGGGCAAGGAAGUCGUGGCCAAGGCGUAA